AUGCCCAGGGCAGCCGGCGGCGUCAACCGCCCACCCAACACCGCCCCGCUCACCUUCCUCGACAGCCCCGACUCGGGCCUCCUGUUCCAGCUGCGCGCCGUCUACGGCUGGCUCGAGCGGCAUGACGGCAGCCGGAAGCUUUCGCUCCCAGAGCUCGAGGCGCGUUGGGGCGACUUCCUCCCGUCCGAGCGGGCACACUUCAUCCGCAUCGCGCUGCACGUCUACUGCACGCGCACGGACUUCCCGAUGCUCCAGUACCCGACCAUCGCGCACCUCGUCGGCUUCGACGACGAGCCCACCGAGGCCGAGUUGGAGGAUCGCGAGGCAGGUGAGCUCGAGCCGUCGGCCUGGACCCGGCUCAUGGGCAGCCUCGCCAGCGUCAGGUCGGUGUGUCCAGAUGCACGGGCCGCGAGGACGGCGUUCGGCCACUGGGAGCACCGCUUCUUCGCGAGCAACUUGGGCAUCACGAGACGCAAGCUGUACCGCAUGAGCUCGGCGAUGCACGAACGCGUGUUCGAGCGACUCGCCGCCGCCGCCAAUCAACUCGCUCAUGCAUCGCACCUCAACACUCUGCCGCUCACCCUUCUCCCGACGGCCGACACCACCCUCGCGUACGCCUUCAACGCCGAGCAGAAGCCGUCGCAGCGCUUCUCUCUGUACCUCGGUCUCGUCGAGAACCUGUACGCCCUGUACAAGGCCGACUACCUUCCGGUGGACGCCGAGACGCACUCGGACAUCGACCUUGAAACAGCUCGGGACACGGUCCUCCAGGUCGACCUCAAGGUGCGCGAGGGUGACGCCGAUCGGUUCCUCCUCGCUGUCGCCCUCCAGAACCUGCGCAAGCACGAGGCUCGCCACGCCGAGGCACUCAAGCCCCUCGUUCGCGCGCUCGGCCAGCUCACGGCGCCGGACAAGGAGGUGUCGGCCACGUCGUUCAAGGGCCUCGUCCUGUUUGCGCACCUUUCAGCCGGCGACCAGGUCUCGGCCGUCAACACGGCGCGAGGACUCGUCUUCGAGGCGUGCAAGAUGGACGCCGAGGGCGAGAUGCUGCUCGACUCGCGGAUCAUGGUCGCCAAACUUUCGACUGCGGUUCGUGGCGCCUGCUUUGACGCCGAGGGGAACGCCUCUCAGACACACCAUCUCGACGCGCACUCGCUCUCGCACUCGGCCCGCCACGCGCGCAUCUCGCCGCACUACGCCGAGCGCUACUAUGGCACGACGGCGCAGAGGUGGGAGGCUGAGCGAGGCGGCGCCGCUGCGUGA